AUGUCCGUUUCGUCGUUAUCUUCUCUUUCGGACAACGAAACGCCUUUAAGAAGUCGAAGAAAUGAUAUCAAGCUUAACGCUUUCGAAAAAUAUGACGAUAAAGAACUUCGUGCGCGGUUCCGCGUUUCCAAAGAAACGGUGUUGUAUUUGGAUUCUGUAUUCGGCAGCACGAUAAAACCAUUGACGAAAAGAAAUAGAUCUUUGCAGCCCGUGGAUCAAAUAUUGAUAACCCUUCGGUAUUACGCUACAGGCAGUUAUCAACGAGUUAUAGGGGACAUAUUCCACAUCGAGCAACCGUCUGUGCAUCGAAUCGUGCACAGAGUUACAGUAAAAAUAGCGAAUAUGAGAUCUCUUUUUAUAAAUAUGCCAACUGCUGAGGAACGUCUAGAAGUAGCAAAUGACUUUUAUGCAAUUGCUGGAUUUCCUAGAGUGAUGGGUGCUAUUGACUGUACGCACAUUAAAAUUAAUUCUCCAGGGGGAGCUCAAUCGGAAAGUUUCCGAAAUAGAAAAGGUUACUUUUCCUUGAAUGUGCAAAUGGUAUGUGAUGCGAAAUUGCGCAUAAGAAAUAUCAUUGCAAGAUGGCCAGGUUCUGUACAUGAUAGUACAAUUUUUAAUGACUCACCAUUGUGUGCCCAAUUAGAAAGAGGAGAUUUUACCCCUAUGGUACUUCUGGGCGAUAGUGGUUAUCCAUGUCGCCCCUAUUUGUUAACCCCAAUUUUAAAUCCAAGGACACCAGCUGAAGAAGCAUAUAACCGUUCACAAAUUAGAACCAGAAAUCCAAUAGAAAGGCUCUUUGGUGUUCUUAAAAGAAGAUUUCCCUGUCUCCACUAUGGGUUAGGUCUGAAGACUACCAAUAUUCCACCUAUUAUUGUGGCAUGUGCAGUACUCCACAAUAUUGCUAUUUCAAGGCAGGAUGAAGUAGUUGAAGAGGAUGAUCCUUUAACUAUUGUUGAGGAAGAAAUUAUGGUGCAACCCAGCAAUGAAACAAAUCAAAACUUUAUUGUGAGGACAUCAUUAGUAAAUACAUAUUUUUCUGGUUAA